CAUACCCUUCCUUUCCAGGUGGUUGGAGGCAAAGUAAAGAAACCAGGCAAGCGAGGUCGAAAACCAGCCAAAAUAGACUUGAAGGCAAAACUUGAGAGGAGUCGUCAGAGUGCAAGAGAGUGCAGAGCCAGGAAGAAGCUGAGGUACCAAUACCUGGAAGAGCUGGUUUCAAGCAGAGAGCGAGCCAUCUGUGCUCUCAGAGAAGAGCUUGAAAUGUACAAGCAGUGGUGCAUGGCGAUGGACCAAGGGAAAAUCCCAUCUGAAAUAAAAGCCCUGCUAACUGGAGAGGAGCAGGGCAAAGCACAGCAGAACUCAACCAAACUUGCCAAGACUGGGAAGACAGAAGCAAACAGCAGCAAUCCCUGAGUCGAGUGCAGAACGUCAGCCCUGCAGCACAGAUAGCUUGGUAGCUAGCAGAAGAAUGCUGUUAUCAGAGAAGUGGAUGGAUUACUGGGUGCAGGUGGAAGGAUCCCAGUCUGCUGUCUUCUCUUUGCUCCUCCCCACAUGAAGCUCUGAUUGUGGUGUUCCUAAGCCUGUAUGGAGUGGGGCUUUUGGGGUAGUAGGUGUUUAUAUAAGUGGAGCCUUGUUCUUCCUUUCUCUGCCCUUUCCUCCCCAAACACAGCUAUGGCAGCUUUUUGGCAUACCCAGUAAGAGGUGGGGGCUGCUCUUGUGUUAAAGGCAUGAGCUCAGAAUUAGACUGGCUGUGUGGUCAGUAACUAUUGUGGGAGGCUGAGAGGUUCUGUAAAAUAAAAACAGGAGGAGGAUCUUGUAACAGCUUUGCUAAAGCUAAGUGGAAUACUGUAGGUCAAGGAAAAGGCACUUUUUGGACUCUCACUGAAUAUCAAAAGCUUUCAGUAAGAGGGUUUGUAGUAAUGUAAUUUGUAAACUAAAUAAAAACAGUACUUUCAGCAUCUUUUUAUAAUACAGCAUUUGUUUUGUGUUAUUGGUGCUGUUAUUGGUGCUCUUACAGAGAGGUACUAGAUCUAUUCCCUGCUUCUGUGCAUAUUUCUAUCACGGAAUGUAUUUCUUCUCCCUACCCCUGGUAUAUAGUUAAGGCAUCUCCAUUCACCCCACUUCCAGCAGUGGAACAACUGCUGCCUACUCCCACCCAUCAUGCCCAGCUUUUUUUUUCUGUACUCGGCUGCAUUUGGGACCUGGUUUCUUCCUAGCCUGAGACUUGAUAUAAACUCUGCUGUACUAGCCUGAUUUCCCAGCUAAAGAUGAUGCCAAGAACUGGUAGUAAGGAAAAGGAGCUGAAUCAGUUUGGCCUUGUGAUAAGAGGGGAUGGCAAAAGCCUUGUGAGCUGAUUUAUUCACUCAAGGUAUUGGUAGAUAACCUACCAUUUCCUUUAGACUGCACUUUAUCCUGUAGAUGCAUUUUUACAUGUAGAUGAUGCAAUGUGAAGAAGCAGAGCCCUCAGGAUUUUCAGUGGGGCUUUUGCUUGCUUGUCCUCUGUUUUGCUUGUGACAAUGUCUUUCUCUGUAUUUUAUGAAAUGCAUGGAACAUUUUUCAAUCUUACAUUUUCUUUUUUGUUUCAUAGAAUAAAUAUUAUAAUG